CAACCUUCCCAUUCUUUACUUUCACUCCAUAAUCGCUUUCAAACAGAAAUUUUAUAUAUGUUUCCGUGUGUUCCUUGUUCACAUUGUUCGGUUCUUAUGUUUCCUGUCCAAGCAAGAUGGGUCUCACGCAAUGUCAGUAUGGAAUACGACCUUUGUCGAGCUUUCCCCUAUUUAUCGCUUACUGAAUAUCCUAAUAAAGAAAAUUAUAUCGCUGUGUGUUCUUCUUGUAUAUCUAUUGCUAAGCGUCACAUCGCUCCAACGCUUGCUCAGAUUCCAGACGCUCUAGCUAAUGUUCCAAUGUUUCAUCGCCGGUGGCUUUCGCCUAUUCAUUUAAGUUGCUCUCUCGGGCGUGCUAAAAAUGCUAAUUAUUUUACACACUAUCGCCACCUUACUGGUGCAUUUGGUCUCUCAAAAAACAUUUGUGCCUUACAAAUUUACUCCAGAAUGUUAGGUGCAAUAUUAGAUUCAGCACCUAGUGAAAAUUGGUUUCAUCCGUCUUUGCUACAUGCAGCUAACUGGUUGAAAACCAAUAAUAGAUUCUUUAAAGAAUUUGAUCGAAUGUUUUCAUCCGUUGUUUUUACACAUCCCCCGAAUGUUUUCCCAACUGCCCAG